AAAAGAACUAUCCCAAUCAGGGAGCGAUAUGUGUGGCGAAGAGCCAUAUCUUGUUCGAAAUAAAUCAAAGCUCGAAUUAGUUCUGCAUACCCCGGCUCAAAUGCGCGAUUUUUUCAAAGAUGACGGAAAGCUUCAUACCAAACAGCAGUGUCAAAGCAUUGGAUCCUACUUUGAUAGGAGUCUGGGACAAUGUGUCGGAGUCCAAACUGGCCAGCGUUGGCAUCAGACGCGCUACCACCUUGAAAAGUUCUUUUCCGCAACAGAGGCUGCAUCAAUGAUCCAAGAUUUCAACACCGUUCUAGAUGCCUGGGCAGAAACGGCACCGACGAAUUCUGCAUCACAACAGAUUGAGGAAGCAAAAUUCGUCGCGGAUAGUGUCGUUAUUUGCAGGCAAUUGCCAUUUCGAAUGAUUGCUAUGUGUUUAUACGGAAACAUGCUGACUGACGAGCGCUUCGAUGCUUUAUGGGAGCUUAAUAAACUACAUGACCACGUUACGCAGCACACAUUCUUCGGCACGUGGGAGAAUAUGCCAUACUAUCAUCUGCUUCCGACGGCAGCAAAUAGAGUAUUGGCUGAGUAUGAAGAGGGAUGGAAGAAAUUCAAUUUGGAAAUUGUCACUACAGCCAGAGCGAACAAUACCUCAUGCCGUGCGUCACGCAUGUUCAGUAUUGUUGAAACGGGAGAAUUAACAUUGGAUAUGUAUCUUCAGUCCCUCGAUGAAAUUCUUUUCACCAACAUAGAUGUUACAUCAGCCCAAUUUGCUUACACUUUAAUCAACACUGGCAAAUGUCCAACAGCGGGAGAGAAGCUGCAUGAAGAAGUGCAAGGCAUCUCAAAUUUGGAAGAUGAAACAGAUAGUUAUGCCCGACGUGAAGAUACCUUUCUCCACAAGAUGUACCUCGAGAUCUUACGAAGGUUUACUUUCGCUGAAGCUACAGGAAUCGAAAAGCGAAUCGAUGGAUACCUGAUUCCAUCCGGGACAAGUAUCCUUAUUGACACCAUAAGACUCAACAAAUCAUCUCCCAUCUGGGGUGGUACGGGAUACGAGUUCCUGCCAGAAAGAUGGGAUACGAUUACCACAGGACAGGCGCGCUACAGCUGGCUUGGGUACGGAAUGGGGCCAAGGAAAUGCCUCGGCAAGAACUUCGCAAAUAUUAUCGUGAAGCUUUUCCUUGUUUCUGUGAAUCGCCAUUUUAUUCUAAGUGCAGAGAAAGGGGCGAUUCAGAUCAAAAGAGAUCGUUUCUCAUGUGUGCCUACGCAAUUGGUAGUAUUUGAGAAAAGGAACAGGUGA